AUGGAGCAGGGAGGCUGGUGGCGGUGGCUGCUGCUGCUGGUGGGCAUCCAGCUGGCUGGUGGCCAGUGCCCAGAGCAGUGCCAGUGUGUCCGCACCGCCCAGGUGGAGUGCUCCGGCGCUGGCAUCACCACGGUCCCCAGCCCCAUCCCCGCGAAUGCCAUGACCCUCCAGAUCAUCAACACGCAUAUUGCUGAGCUGGGCGACGCGUCCUUCGGCAACGCCUCCCUGCUGAUCGGGCUGCGCAUCGAGAAGAACAACCUGUCGCGCAUCAGCCCCGGGGCCUUCCAGCACCUGCCCGACCUGCGCUACCUCAGCCUGGCCAGCAACAAGCUGCAGGAGCUCCCUGUGCAGGUCUUCGAGCCCCUGGACAAGCUGGAGUCGCUGCUUCUCUCCAGCAACCAGAUCCUCCAGGUCGAGCCUUCCCACUUUGCCCACCUGAGCAACCUCAAGGAGCUACAGCUGCACGGGAACAACCUGCAGGAGCUGAAGGAGGGGGUGUUUGACGAGCUCACCAGCCUCACCAAGCUCAACCUGGCCAGGAACAACAUCGACCGCCUGCCGCCCCGGGCCUUUGAGCGGCUGGCACGGCUGCAGGUGCUGCGGCUCUAUGAGAACCGGCUCCGGCAGAUCCCGGCAGGUGCCUUCGACGGGCUGCCGGAGCUGCAGGAGCUGGGGCUGCACCAGAACCAGCUGGAGACGUUGUCCCCAGAGCUCUUCAUGCACAACGGGAACCUGCAGAAGCUCUACCUGUCCAACAACCUCCUCGCCGCCCUGCCGAGUGGCGUCUUCUUGCCUCUGCGCGCCCUUGCCAAGAUCACCCUGCACGUCAACCGUCUGCGGGACAUCUCCCCUGGUGCCUUUGGGCCCAUGCCCGACCUCCGGGAGCUGUGGCUCUAUGAGAACGAGCUUUCCACCCUCCCCACCGCUGUCUUCAGCAACCUCACCCAGCUGCAGCUCCUGGUCCUCAGCAAGAACCGGCUGCGCUCGGUGGCGCCAGGGGCUUUCCGGGGCUUGGGGGAGCUGCUGGAGCUGUCGCUGCACUCCAAUGCCCUGCGCCGCCUGGAUGCCCAGGCACUGGAGGGGCUGCCCAAGCUGCAAAACAUCUCCCUGCACCACAACCAGCUGCAGGUGCUGCCACGGGGCCUCUUCGGGGCCACUCCAGGGCUGCGGCACCUGCAGCUGCACUCCAACGCCUUGGAUACCCCACUCCCCACUCACCCCUCUGAGGCAGCAUUGCCAGAGGGUGCCUGGACGGAGCCCCCCAUGGGGCUGCCGGUCUCCCCCCAGGAGGAGGAGGAGAAGGAAGAAGAGGAGGAGGAGAGGGGGCAGUGGGGGCUGACGCGCAUGCAGAGCGGGGUGGUGGUGGCAGUCAUCGUGCUGUGCUACGACACCUCCAAAGUCUUCUGCUCGGAGGAAAGGAUGCGGGAGAUCCCGGCGGGCCUGCCAGGGAACGCCACCCAGCUCUUCUUCGUGGAGACAGCCCUGAACAGUGUCCGCAGCGGGGCCCUGGGCUCCAGCACCACCCUCACCAAGCUGGUCUUCCUCAACAACGACAUCCAGGAGCUGGAGCCUGGCGCCUUUCGGGGGCUGCCCAGCCUCACUGAGCUGGAGGUGUCGGGCAACCCCUUGCCAGCGGUCAGCCCAGGGGUGCUGGUGGGGCUGCCCAGCCUCAGCAAGCUCUCCCUGGGUGCCAACGCCAUCCGCUCCCUGCAGCCAGGGCUCUUUGCCACUGCCUGCCGCCUGCAGGACCUGCGCUUGCCAGGGAACAAGAUCGAGGUGCUACCUCUUGGCAUCUUCUGCCCGCUCCAGCACCUCCAGACCCUGGACCUCUCACAGAACGUCUUGGCCGAGCUGCCGGCCAGGCUGCUGGCCCCCCUCGCCACCCUCCGCCUCCUCAAGCUCAGUGACAACCUGCUGACACAGGUGCCCCCCGGUGCUUUUGGGGCGCUGAACCAGCUGGCCGAGCUCCACCUGGACGGUAACCGGCUGGAGAAGCUGCCAGUCGGUGCCUUCACCGGGCUGGGAAGGCUGCGGCGGCUGCAGCUGCAGCACAAUGCCCUGGGCAGCCUGGCCCCCGACAUCUUUGCUGCCCUCCCCAACCUCACCGUCCUCAGCUUGGAGGGCAACCACCUGGCCACCCUGCCCGCCGCCCUCCUUGCUGACACCCCACACCUCCUCCACCUCUCGCUGGCCCGCAACCGGCUGGAGACGCUGCCCCAGGGACUCUUCACCAACCUGUCAGUGCUGCAGACCCUGGCACUCUCGCACAACGCCAUGGUCAAUCUCCCCACUGGGGUUUUCCAGGGGCUGGCGGGGCUGGUGGCGCUGCAGCUGAGCCACAACAACCUCUCCAGCCUGCCGCCCGGGCUGCUGGCUGGGCUGCCGCUCCUGGCCUCCCUGGGGCUGGACCACAACCGCCUGGCUGGCCUGCCCCCAGGGCUCUUUGAUGCCAACAAGGAGCUGGUGCGUGUGGGGCUGGCCGACAACCCCUGGGCCUGCGACUGCCGCCUGGCCUAUCUCCUGGGCUGGCUGCAGGGCUCUGCCGAACCCCUCAUCCACACACAAGCCUCCUGUGCCAGCCCAGCGACCCUCCGGGGACGGUCCCUGCUGGAGGUCCCCCAGGGGCAGCUGGAGUGCCCGGGAGAGCCCAGCAUCCCCCCGGAGGAGGGCUGGGAUGGGGUGCCAGGGGAGGAUGCUCUGGGGCAGUGCACCUACAGCAACCCUGAGGGCACCGUAAGCAUGGCCUGCGAUACCAAGAGCUGCCAGCGGCUCAGCCUUCGCCUCCCUCCUCUUCCUACUCCCAGGCAGGUGGUGGGGCUGGGGCCAGCGUACCAGGGCGCCUGGGUGCUGCGCUCCCGCUGCGGCACGCUGCAGGUCAGCAUCCUCAUCAUGGCGCAGAGCGGGGAUGAGGCCAUGUCACCAGGUCUCCCCCCUGUCACCGGCCCCACCUCCUUCCCCGUUUCCCUCGGCAGUGCAGAGACCCAGCCGCAGCCCGGCACCGACCCCCAGGGCACGGGGUUUAGUGUGGGGUUUUCGAGGGAGACGUGGGGGGAGCGCUGCCAACUGCCCAACGAGGGGCACGGGCUGCCUGGCUGCAGGCUUUUCUUCCUCUCCUUCCACCCCCAUAAAUGCCAAGAUCAAAUCCUGGGUGAAGAUCUAUAUGAAAUGCCCAAAGACUACCAGGAGGUCUACAGAGGGACAAAAAAUGACGUCAAAGAGAUCCCAAAGAUUGCAAAGCCCUUCAUUUCUGAGAUGAUCUUUGUGCAAACCAGCAUCACUGCUAUAAGGAAAGGUGCCUUCAGGUACAUGCCCAACCUGAUCAAGAUUUUGUUUAUUGGCAACAAGAUCAAGACAGUUGAACCCGGAGCCUUUGAUAGUUUGGAGAAGCUGAGGGACUUGGAGAUAUCUGGUGCCUCGUUAGAAGAACUAGCUGUGGGCACUUUCCAAAACCUCCCAAGCUUGCAGAGGCUGGAGCUGAGAGAUAGUCACCUCAGAUACAUCCCCAAAGGCCUGUUUGAUGGGCUGGAAAAUUUGGGAGAGCUCUCCCUGCACAUCAAUGCAAUCCCUUCUCUUCCAGAAGGAGUUUUUGAUUCUCUCGUCAAUCUAACAUUUUUGGAUCUGGCUAGAAACAGGAUCACGACUCUUCCUGGGGAUGCCUUUAGCAAACUCCCCCGUCUGCGAGUUCUCCGGCUGUAUGAGAAUGAGUUGCAGGACCUCCCAGAGGGGCUGCUAGACAGUCAGCUGGAGCUGCUGGAGCUCAGCCUCCAGAGGAACAGGCUCAGGGUGCUGCCACCCAUGCUCCUGAGGAGCCUGUCUCAAUUGGAGAAACUCCUCUUGGACAACAACCUCAUUGGGGUUCUCCCACCUCAGGGCUUUUUUGGUUUAAACAAAUUGAAGCUGCUGACUCUGGGUUCAAACAACAUUACGGAGCUCCCCUGCUGCCUUUUUGACACCAUGCCACACCUGCGGGAGCUGGACCUGGGCAGGAACAGUUUGGCCACACUUCCAGACGGCAUCUUUGUCAACCUCACAUCUCUUGGCAAACUCAUCUUGUCCCACAACCAGCUAGCAGCCCUACCAAGAGGAGCCUUCACUGGGCUCAGCAAGCUCUCAGACCUCCAGCUGGACACAAAUCAGCUCUCUGCUCUGGAUGAUGAGGUCUUUGCUUCUCUCCCAAAUCUGAAAACCCUCAACCUUCGGAAGAAUCAGCUGGAGAGUGUCCCCCGAGGUCUCCUGGACCCCCUGAAGAAGCUCAGCUCAGUGUAUCUGAGUGGGAACCCGUGGAGAUGUGACUGUAACCUCUGCUACCUGCACAGCUGGAUCCUGGGCAACAGUGAGAAGGUCAAAUUGUCCACCCAACUGUCAUGCAAGAGUCCACCCCACCUGGCAGGGCAAGCAGUGACAUCGUUGAGGGACGACCACUUAAUUUGCCCAGCUACUCUGCCUCUUUCAGCUGCUUUUACCUCAUCUCUGCCAUUCACUUCCACAUCAUCACAAGGGAUGUCAACCUUGCUGUCACCUGGAGCCUUGCCCACGGCAGCGCCAACCAUGCUGUCAUUGGCAGCCUUUCCCAUCAUGGCACUGCCAACCAUGCUGUCGCCUGUGGCCACCUCUGCCACAUUGCCAACCAUGCCAACAGAGGCCUUCUUCACUGCUCCGUCACCAACCAUGCCAUCUAAGGCCUUCAUCACCACCCCAUCAUCAGCUGUGCUGCUGAAGGCUUUCAUCACCACCCCAUCACCAACUGUGCUGCCCAAAACCUCCAUCACCACACCAUCACCAACCAUGCUGCCAAAGGCCUCCAUCACCACCCCAUCAUCAGCUGUGCUGCUGAAGGCUUCCAUCACCACCCCAUCAUCAGCUGUGCUGCUGAAGGCUUCCAUCACCACCCCAUCAUCAGCUGUGCUGCUGAAGGCCUCCAUCACCACCCCAUCACCAACUGUGCGUCCGAAGGCCUCCAUCAACACACUGUCACCAACUGUGCUGCCCAAGGCUUCCAUCAACACACCAUCACCAACUGUACUGCCAGAGACCUCCAUCAGCACACCAUUGCCAAUUGUACUGCCAGAGACCUCCAUCAACACACCAUCACCAGCUGUGCUGCUAAAGGCCUCCAUUGUCACCCCAUCAUCAACCAUACUGCCCAAGACUUCCAUCACCACCCUAUCGCCAGCUGUGCCACAGGAAGCCUUCAGCCUGUGCCCAACUCCAUCCAUCAUAAGCCUACAGCCUCCUGGGGCCACCAGCCCAGAGCCUGCACUGUCCGCUCUAGCUUCUGCCACCACACCGGUGCCAACCAGCCUGCUGGCAGCCACCACCAGACAAGUGCCUCCUGCUCUUAUGGUGCCCACGGAGAGGCCAGCCACCAUCCCAUGGGGGACACCCAGCAUUUCUCUUGUCUCAGUCCCUCCCACGGCACUCUGGCCACCCCUCAGAACUGCUGCUCCAGGCAUGGUCCCGCUGGCCUCGCAAUCCCCGUCCCACCAGCCUCCUGCACCAGACGGGGAGCGGGUCCAUGCCACUGUGCGGGGCUUGUCCAUGGUUGGCACCCAGCCCACUCCCACUGCCCCCCAACAUGCUCCCACCCCUGCAGGCACCAUCCUGCUCCCGACGCCUCCCGUCCCCCCGCCGCCAGACCAUAUGAGCCCCUGGCCGGCCUCCCCACCCCUGGCCCCCAGGAGCCGUCAUACCUGGGGCUUCACCCUGCGGUCCAGCCCACGGCACUGCCGGGUGUCCCUGUUCCUGGGCCUGGCUGCGCUGGUGCUGCAGGCAGGCUGCAUGCUGCUAUGGGGGAUGCUCGCCCUUCUCCUUCACCAAGCCACCUGCCACCAGGGCCAGCCCAUGCUGCCGGUGAGGCUGCUGAGUCUCCGAGCCCUGGCUGCCCCGGGGUCCCCCGAGCAAGCCUGGGCACCGCUUUGA